AUGGAGGUGGUCCGAAGAGCCAAGAUAGCCGUCCAAUCACCCGCCCUCCUGAACGACGAGGAUGUGAACGAUUGGAGCAAAGAGGACAACGAUUCUGUAAAGGAGGCUACGUUACCUGCCGCUCCGAUCGUCGUCAUGGAUUCACCGCCUCUUGUACUCGCUCAGCGCUACCAUGAGGAGAUAGAAUCAAACCUCCAGGAGUUGCAAUUGGAGAAAAAAGAGAUGAAGUUGCUUGGACAUGAGGAAAUUGAAGAUCUUGGGGAAAAAGAAGAAGAGAAAAAGCGGCAUUUGAAUGUUGUUUUCAUCGGGCAUGUUGAUGCAGGUAAGUCAACAACUGGAGGGCAGUUACUUCUCCUCAGUGGCCAGGUUGAUGAACGAACUAUUCAGAAGUAUGAGAAGGAGGCAAAGGAAAAAAACCGAGAGAGCUGGUAUAUGGCUUAUAUUAUGGACACUAAUGAGGAAGAACGCAUAAAGGGAAAAACUGUGGAG